GAGGGAGGACAUCGCAAAGAAGAUGAGAAGAAGAAGAAGAAGAAGCGCGAAGGAGAAAUUGUCUUCAUGUUUGUCCUCCAGUGGACAGAUAAUGCCAAACAAUGUCAGUUUCUGGGACCGUGAGCAACUACUACGUGGACUCCCUCAUAGGUCCAGAGAGCGAUGAAGUCCCGAGCCCCGCAGCACACUUCCCCAGCGUCCAGUACCCGGGAUCCAGCGCCGCCGUGCCGGGCGGAAGGCAGCCGUGCCCCGCGGCGCCCUCGGAGCUGCCGGACUCCUAUCCGUCCUGCAGCUUCCAGCCCAAACCCCCCGUCUUCUCGUCGUCCUGGAGUCCCUUCAGCCCCCAUCACCACGGAGUGAGCGGCGUCCCCGCUGUGUACCAUCCGUACAUCCCGGCGCAACACGUCCCCUCCGCGGACCCCCGCUACCUCCGCUCCUGGUUGGACUGCGCGCCGCCGCGCGGCCCCGACGCCGUAAAGCUGGAGCCGCAGCUCGGCCAUCCCGGCGGGGAAACUCCGUCCAAAGUAGGAGGACAGCAUCAACUGGAGAGCAGCACGUACAUCCUGGAGUCCAGGUCCAGAUCCGCGGCACCGGCGGCCGCCGUGCCCACUGGAGGCUUCGCGGACAAUGUGGACACUUGCGAAGGCAGCGAGGACAAAGAAGGUCUGGAUCAAAGCGACCCGUCCACCAACUGGCUGCAUGCGCGCUCGUCCAGGAAGAAAAGGUGCCCGUACAGCAAAUAUCAGACGCUGGAGCUGGAGAAGGAGUUCUUGUUCAACAUGUACCUGACACGCGACCGGCGCCACGAGGUGGCCCGGGCGCUCAACCUGACCGAGAGACAGGUGAAGAUCUGGUUCCAGAACCGCAGGAUGAAGAUGAAGAAACAGAGCAAGGACCAGACCAAGGAUUGACUUGCACCCAACUGGACCAGUGCAUUGUCCCGUGACAACACAGCAACACAACAGCACAGCAACACAGCAACACAACACAACACAACACAACAACACAGCAACACAACAACACAACACAACACAACAACACAGCAACACAGCAACACAACAGCACAACAAGACAUCAAGACAACAAGACAACAACACAGCAACACAGGAAGACAGCAACACAACAGCACAACAACACAGCAACACAACAGCACAGCAACACAACAACACAGCAACACAACAACACAGCAUCACAACAACACAGCAACACAGCAACACAACAGCACAACAACACAACAACACAGCAACACAACAACACAGCAUCACAACAACACAGCAACACAGCAACACAACAGCACAACAAGACAGCAACACAACAAGACAGCAACACAACAAGACAACAACACAACAACACCACAGCACAACAAGACAGCAACACAACAAGACAGCAACACAACAAGACAACAACACAACAACACCACAGCACAACAAGACAGCAACACAACAACACAACAGCUGAAGCAUGCUUCAUCUCGGUGACUUCAUUAAAACUUCUUCAACCCGAAAGAUGAACACUUUGCUCCAAAUAAACCACAUCUGCUUGGGAGGGGUAGGCGAUACCGCCCAUUUGGUAUGUCAAUGCUGGGCAGGUGUUUCCGAUCCCAAUAACGAUACUUUUUACUUGAAAGGUUUCACAGUCUUUGAAUGAUUUUGUGAUUUUGUAGAUUCUGAUUACAGUCUGAGUAAAACACACAAAACCUUUGUUCUUAUUUAUUAUUGGUGAACA